AUGGCCGCCUGCAAUGCGGAGGGCCACGCCGCUCAUUCCGAGGCCCUUCGAUCGAUCUUCGAGCUUCACUACUCGCUCCGCAGUUUGCACUCCGAGGCGCUGCUGGUGUACCUGCAGUCGCUUAGAUCGGUGGUUACCUUGAUGUCUACGGUGGGGAGUCAGGUCGAGCGGAUCGUGCGGGACGGGGUUGGACUGGAUCGACCCUGCGCGGUCGCAUGCUUGCAGUUGCUUGCUAGUCAACACGUACACACGACAACCCGUAAAAGCGCUCUCGCGGCGGAGCUCUAUCAGUACUACAAUUCGAACGUAUGGCUUCAGCAGCCAUUGGCAAGGAGGAUGGAGCUACAGACGGUGCUCCGAAGCUGUUAUCUUGUUUCCGCAAGCGACCCCAACAGCGACUUGAUGAACCGCUUGAAAGAUCACCUCACUGAAACCUUCGGGGCCGAUGCACCGGAGCUGGAAUGGCUGGAGGACACGAAAAUAUACGCCUUGCACACGACAACAAACUGGAAAGAUGCCCUUGACACCUACACGAGGCUUGUGGAGCAGCGCCCAAAGCAGAGGGAAAAGUUUCUUCCCAUUCCCGUCCGGCAGGCCAAGUACAUGCUCGCUCAGGCUUUGCUACGGUGUUGCCAUGCCGUAGCGCAUUCCGGUAAUAGCGAGGGGAAUAGGGAUGUUGACCUCUCAUCCUCCUUUUUGCUUCUAGAGGAAGAUGUACAGGAGGAGGCACGCAAUGAGGUGUUCACUAUCGCCUCUCGGGGUGUCUUGGAGAUACAACGUCUGUAUGCUGAGGAUGAAUGCAAUACGCCACACGAAAUACUGUCCGAGUUGUUAGCGUUCGAGGCUAUUUAUAACCCAACAAAAACGCAACGCAAUGCUAAGGGCGUGCACGCUAUACGCCAACUUGCAUUAGGCCCCGUAGCGCGCAUUACGCCCAACUUGAUUGAUAAAAUUUCGGAGGUUAUGUCACUAUCCGUGGCCCACCUGACGACCCUUCUAUUGGAUGGACACCCCAGGACGCGCUACACCGCUCUAAGUGGUGUAGACGCUACGGGGGGAAAAUCGCAGCCAACGGUUCCACUCGAGCGCGUUUACCGAUAG